AUGUCAUACAAUAUCAGGGGAGGUGGUUUUUCUGUGAAAAGGAAAAGGGUCAGUUCUUUUAUUCAACAGCAUAAAAUCGAUGUUUGUUUUAUCCAAGAAACAAAAACUGAGUGUUUUAGUGACAGCUUAGCUAGGGAGUUUUGGGGGUCUAAGGAGGUGGAUUGGUCUGCGGGGAAUUCGAUAGGAGCUUCUGGAGGUAUGGUGAUUCUGUGGGGUAAAGGGGCGGUGUCGGUUAAUUUCAGCUUUCGGGGUAAAGGCUUCGUGGGUAUAAAUAUAGAGUGGAAGGGUAAGAUUUAUAAUCUUAUUAAUGUUUACGCACCUUGCAACAGGAAGGAUAGGGGUCUGGUUUGGCUGGAGCUGUUAGCUCUGAAAAAUAGACGAGGGCCGGAGGAUUGGUGUAUCGUAGGUGAUUUUAACGAGGUGCUGAAUGGGGAGGAGAGGUUGGAUGUUUCUAGCAAUCGCGAUCGUUUAGGGAUGGAAGAGUUUGCCGGUUUCGUGGAAAAUAUGGAUCUGGUAGACGUUAAUUGUGUGGGGGGGGGAGAUUCACUUGGUUUAAAGACAAUGGGAAGGCCAUGA